AUGAUUGAUCAUAAAAAAGAUUCCAAUGAUGAAAUAAAAGAUCCUAUGGCAAUAUUGGAAGAUGGGUUAGUUCUGUGCAAAUUUGGACGUUUUCACAUAAGAUUGCUAUUCACAAGUAUGGCAGCUGUGUUUGCAUCAACAAUGGUUACCACUACUUCAUCGUAUAUUUUACCCAUGGCAGAAUGCGACUUGAAUAUGAGUAUAAUGCAUAAAGGCUUACUUAACGCUAUGCCCUUUUUCGGGCAAGUGGGAGCGACAUUUUUUACGGGUUUCUUAGUAGAUGCGUUUGGAAGAAAAUUAUUUCUUGUUGGUGGUAAUGCGGCAAUUUUUAUUUGUACUAUUAUAGAAGGAUCUAGUCAGAGCUAUUGGAUGUUAAUUGUGAUGAAACUUAUCGAAGGAAUUUCAUUAAGUAUGUCAUUUAGCGCAGUUGCGUCAAUGAUUACAGAGUUUAUACAUAAAAAUUUAAGAGACAGAAUACUACUACUUUAUUGUUCAUUUAUGUCGCUAUCGCUUAUAGUCACAGCAUUGAUGUCAUGGGCAGUUCUGCCUCAACCAUGGCAUAUUAUUUUAUUUCGUGGUUACUUUGAAUUACGAGUUUGGAAUUUCUACUUGUACAUUUGUUCUAUCUGGAGUGUUAUUGCUGCAAUAUUUUACUCAACUAUACCAGAAAGUCCCAAGUACCUUUUAUCGCACGGACAAGAGGAUGCAGCUUUAGAGGUGUUAAGGAAAGUAUAUACCGAGAAUACUGGAAAUUUGAAGGAAACUUUUCCCAUAAAAUCUCUUGGCGCGUCUGGAAGUUUCAAAUCGACUAAAGAUAUGAGUUUUAAGAAACAACUGACGCACGCAAUGAUUGAAGUGAAAGAUUUGUUUCGACCGCCUCUAUUUUGUAGACUAAUGCUGUUUUCAUGUCUAACAUUUGUCUGCUUAUUAGCUUACAGUGCCUUGAGAUUGUGGUACCCACAGCUUUCUACAAUAAUAGAGAAUUACAUAAAAGACCACGGUGAAACUUCACGGUUUUGUGUCAUGAUGGAUGAUUACAGACAAAGUUUAAACGAAAAAGAAAAUAUAUCUCUAGCAAAUAAUUUUACAAAUACUGAAGUAUGCAUACCUAAACUAAGUGGAUCAGAGACUUACAUCAACGGAAUAAUUUUGGGUCUUUUUUCUUUACUUUUUAUGGGUCUAAGUGGUUACUUAGUGGACUUUCUGGGCCAGAAAAUAUUGAUGUUUAUAUUGCUUAUCUUAUGCGCUAUUUGUUCAGGCAGUUUGUAUUGGACAAAUUCCUCUAUACAAAUAGCGGUUUUGGUUUCGGCUACUUGCGGCUUAAUGCAAUCUGCUUUGAGUUUGCAACAGAAUAUAUUGAUAAGAGUGUUUCCGACAACUUUACGAACGCUGGCAUUAUCAGUUAUAAUCAUGAUGGGCCGAAUUGGUUCUCUAUUGGGAAAUAUUUUGUUUCCAAUAAUGCUUCAAAUUGGAUGUAUGGGACCUUUCGUAGCAUUGAGUGCUAUAACACUUUGUGUCGCUGGCUUAGUAUACUUCUUACCCGAUCCAAAUAAAGAGAGUGGAGGGGCAGGCGAUAAAUAA